AUGGUGCCCGGGGCGCCGAGCACCGGUAGCGGCACCAGCAUGCUCCCCGCCUCGGAGGCAGCCAAGAUCUACCAGACCAACUACGUGCGCAACUCCCGCGCCAUCGGCGUGCUGUGGGCCAUCUUCACCAUCCUGUUCGCCAUCGUCAACGUGGUGUGCUUCAUCCAGCCCUUCUGGAUCGGCGACGGCGACAACACCCCGCAGUCGGGCUACUUCGGCCUGUUCCACUACUGCAUCGGCAGCGGCCUGUCGCGGGAGCUGACGUGCCAGGGCAGCUUCGCCGAGUUCUCCAGCAUCCCGUCGGGCGCCUUCAAGGCCGCCGCCUUCUUCAUCGCCACGUCCAUGGUGCUGGUGCUCGGCUGCAUCGGAUGCUUCGCGCUCUUCUUCUUCUGCGGCACCGGCACCGUCUACAAGAUCUGCGGCUGGAUGCAGCUGGCUGCAGGCACGUGUCUGAUCCUGGGCUGCAUGAUCUACCCGGACGGCUGGGACAGCGACGAGGUGAAGCGCAUGUGCGGCGAGCAGACGGGCAAAUACACGCUGGGCGCCUGCUCUCUGCGAUGGGCAUACAUCCUGGCCAUCAUGGGCAUCAUGGACGCCCUCGUCCUUUCCUUCCUCGCCUUCGUGCUGGGCAACCGCCAGGACAGCCUCAUGGCCGACGAGCUCCUGGCAGACAAGUGCGCUAACAACGCCAUAUAACAUGCGAGCCAACCUUCACAUACGUACACGAGACUGAGGAUGAUGGAAAAGGUCUGAAUCCUUGAAGUGGACGAGGAACUCGGAACAUUCCAUCUGUAAAACAUCAUUUAGCUCGGACGCACUGCUCUUUGGGCAUUUUUUGUUGGUGUUGUUUUUUCACGUGCUGCUGGCGGAUGAGAUGUCGCCCAUGCAGAUGUGAAGACACCACCUAACCGGAAUAAGACUUUUUAUGGAGCAAAUUCAUGCUGUAAUUUGCCAUUUUGCUAUACUUAAAUGUUUGAUGUGGUUAAGUAGCGGACGUGACAAUUUUUAAUUUGAAAAAAGAUAUAGUCGAUGUGUGGCUAUAACAUGCGUGUGGUAUUCUGGUAUAGUAAAACCCUUCAAAGUAUUAUGGGAAGAAAAACAAAAAGAAACAUUUGCUAACACGAUCCAUCUACCUCUCCAGUUCAGUCUUGAUGCGUUUGUUUUGUGUGACUCGUAAAAUCCAUGUACAGGUACUGCAAAAAUAAGUGGACAUGACCAUAUAUGGUGGGGAAAAUCUAUGUGGAAUUUAACGGUGGUGGGUGGGAGUGUACGUUGAACACCGCCCUCUGGUGGCCAUAAUUAAAGGUGCAGGCUCAUAGGCUCAGAAAACUUGGAAUAACGCUUGUUUUUACAGUUUUUAACUAGUAUUUGCAUGGAUUUACACAAUAAAAAAAUUUAAAUGAGUGAACUGAAGAGGCAAUAAUGGCCACGGCAUACUAGAGUGUAUUUAUUAAUUUCUGGAGUGUAUUUAUCAAGGCUGAAUUGUUACCUUGAGAUUACUUCCUGUCCAGAAGCCAACGUGACGUUCACCACUUUCCCCAAAAAAAUAAAUCAUAAUAAUUUGCGAAUAAA